AUGGCACAGCUUCGAGACAAGGUGAUUGCGAUCACGGGCGCAGGGUCGGGGAUUGGUCGCGCGACGGCACUCACGGCCGCCAGUCGAGGGGCGUCGCUGGGCCUGUGUGACGUGGACGACAGAGGACUCGAUCAGGUCGUCGAGGAGAUCCGCGGUCGCGGCCGUGGAGGAGGAGUCGGAGUCGGAGUCGAUGUAGUGGGGACGGUGGUCAACAUGGCGGACUCGAGCGCCGUGGACGCGUGGAUGGCAGCGACGAUGCGGCAUUUCGGCCGGCUGGACGGCGCCGCCAACGUCGCCGGCGUGGAAUCCAGCCCGGACGGGACCGUCUACGCUCCCAUCGUCGACACCACCGACGCACACUGGAAUCACAUCCUGGGCAUCAACCUGACGGGUCUGUUCUACUGUCUCCGCGCCGAGUUGCGCGUCAUGCGCCGCGGCGCUUCCGUCGUCAACGUCGCCAGCGUUGGCGGCCUGGCCGGCCGGGAGAGCUUUGGCGCCUACAGCGCCAGCAAGCACGGCGUGGUGGGCAUCACCAGGACUGCGGCCCGCGAGGUUGGCGUCGACGGCAUCCGCGUCAAUGCCAUUUGUCCUGGCAUCACGCAAACUCCUAUGAUGGACCGAUUGUCCGAUGGUGCGCCGGCCUCGAUGGUCGCGUCCAUGUACAUCCCUCUACAGGACCGGGGCACACCUGAGCAUAUGGCCAAGACCAUUUGUUUUGCGCUCAGUGACGACGCAGACUACACAACGGGUUCUCUGUUCACAGUGGACGGGGGCAUCAUGUCAUAG